GGAGAACCCGCCUUCGCCAAUAUGGCGGCGCCCGUGGGUGUCGCUUUUGGUCUCUCGGUGCUCCGGGCGGGGCGGGGUUCUGGGCUAUAGGCUGUAAGUGGGGCUGGCGGCGGAGCUCCAGAGGGUACUAUUUAGUUUCACAAUGUUUGGGGACCUGUUUGAAGAGGAUUAUUCCAGUGUGUCAAAUAAUCAUUAUGGGACAGGGAAGACAUUAAAAGCCAAAGCUUUGGAGCCACCCUCUCCUAGAGAAAUCACCCAUUUAAGUGGAAUCAGAAAUCAGGGUGGAACGUGUUACCUCAAUUCCCUUCUUCAGACUCUGCAUUUCACACCUGAAUUCAGAGAAGCGUUGUUUUCUCUUGGUCCAGAAGAGCUUGGUUCUUUGGAAGACAAGGAUAAACCCGAUGCAAAGGUGAGAAUCAUUCCUCUGCAGCUGCAGAGGUUGUUUGCUCAGCUGCUGCUCUUGGACCAGGAGGCCGCAUCCACAGCCGACCUCACGGACAGCUUCGGGUGGACCAGCAAUGAGGAAAUGAGGCAACAUGACGUGCAAGAACUGAAUCGGAUUCUCUUCAGCGCCCUGGAAACUUCUCUAGAGGGGACCUCUGGCCAUGACCUCAUCAAUCGUCUGUAUCACGGAACUGUGGUCAACCAGAUAGUUUGUAAAGAGUGUAAGAAUGUCAGUGAAAAGCAGGAAGACUUCUUAGAUCUAACAGUAGCGGUCAAAAAUACAUCCGGGCUAGAAGAUGCUCUCUGGAACAUGUAUGUGGAAGAGGAAGUUUUUGACCAUGACAACCUGUACCACUGUGGAAAUUGCAACAGGCUGGUUAAAGCAGUGAAGUCAGCCAAAUUACGGAAGCUGCCUCCCUUUCUCACUGUGUCAUUACUGAGAUUUAAUUUCGAUUUUGUCAAGUGUGAGCGAUACAAGGAGACAAGCUGUUACACCUUCCCUCCCCGGAUCAACCUCAAGCCUUUCUGUGAAGAGAGUGAAUUGGAUGACCUGGAAUACAUCUAUGACCUCUUCUCGGUUAUCAUACACAAAGGUGGUUGCUACGGAGGACAUUACCAUGUGUACAUCAAAGACGUCGAUCAUUUGGGAAGCUGGCAGUCUCAGGAGGAAAAAAGUAAGCCAGAUGCAAAUCUGAAAGAAGAAAUUCAGAAUGACGAUGAGAUUGAUGACCCCCUGACGACGCUGCAGGAUCUCUUACUGCAGGAGGAGGGCAGUCUCAUUCCUGUUGAUCACCUGGGCCAGAAACUUCUGAAAAAGACAGGAGUGUCUUGGAACAAGAAAUACAGGAAGCAGCAUGGACCACUGCGAAAGUUCUUGCAGCUGCACCCUCAGAUAUUUCUGCUGAAUUCAGAUGAAAGUACAGUUCACCUAUUGACGGGCGCUUCUCCCCCGACCGAGUCCGCUAGCCAAAGGAAUGCUCGCCGUGUUUUCAGGAUGCCUAGUUCAGAAUCCUCAGGACCAGAUGAUGGGACGUCCUGUCCCCACUGGUUUGACAUAAAUGACUCCGUCGUCAAGCCAAUCAAGGAGAAGGAUAUUGAGCAGCAAUUCCAGGGAAAAGAAAGUGCCUACAUGUUGUUUUAUAGGAAAUCCCAGCUCCAGAGACCCCCGGAAGCUCGAGCCAACCCAAGGUACAAGGUCCCAGGGUGUUUGCUGAAGGAAAUAGAUGCAGCCAACUCUGAACUGCAAGCAAGAAGGGCAGAAUACGAAUCCGCAACCAACCAUUUUAAAUUGCAUCUCCACCUGGGCCCUCACUACCAUUUCUUCAACGGGGCUCUGCACCCAGUAACCUCUCACACAGAAGGCAGGUGGGAUUUGACCAUUGAUAAGAGAAAGACUGUAGGAGAUCUUCGGCAGUCAAUACUUGAGCUCUUGGAAUUCUGGGAAGGAGAUUUGGUUCUUAGUGUCGCCAAGUUUGUGCCAGCGGGACUUCACGUUUACCAGACACUUGAAGGAGAUGACCGGACGCUGAUGGAAACAGAGAUCAGUGAUGGAGAAGACAUCUUUGUGUGGAAUGGAGUGGAGGUUGGCGGAGUCCAGAUUCCAGCCGGCAGUGACUGUGAGCCUCUGCUUUUAAACGUGCUUCACGUGGCCCCAAGCAGUGACGGAGAAAUGUGUCAGCAGUUGAUAGAAUCACAGCACGUCUUCCCCUCCAAUGCAGAACUGAACUCUUUGUUCACAGCCUUAGCGAUCCCGGAAGGUGUGGUCUUAACCAACAGCACAGAGUCCACCAGCGAAGAGAACUGGACCACCCUCCCUCAGGAAGCUCUGAAGAAGACCUUCAGAGAGCAGGGCCUCAGGAACGGGAGCUCCAUUCUGAUUCAGGAUUCCAGGAGUGAGGGUAACAGUUUGUUGACCAAACAUGGGAAACGUAUGACUGGUGUGAAUGAGAUCAACUGGGUCCAAGUAGAAAAUUUAUGCCCAUUCGAAUGUGAAGAGAAGCACGUUAGGUUGACGGCAACUGUGAACACAGUGGUGUUUGAUAUUCGAAUUAAAGCCAUAAAGGAAUUAAAAUUAAUGAAGGAACUAGCUGAGAACAGCUGUCUAAGACCCGUCAGUAGAACUGGGAAACUGCUGUGUCCAGUGCCGGACAUGCACACCUUAGAGGAAGCAGAGCUGAAGCUGGGCUGUUCGCUGGGGCUGUGUCCUGGAAAAGCGCCGACUCCCUCCCAGUUGUUCCUGUUUUUUGCUCUGGGGAGUGACGUUCAGCCUGGGGCAGAGAUGGAGAUCACAGUGGAGGAAACACUAUCCGUGAGGGAGUGUCUGCAGACAAUGCUGGAGAAGUCUGGGCUCAAGGGAGACGAGUGGCAUCUGCGGAGAACGGACUGGUGCUAUGAAGCCGGCGAGCCUCUCUGUGAGGAAGAUGCUACUCUGAAAGAGCUUAAGGUCUGCUCCGGAGAGACUCUGCUCAUCGUGGAAGGGAGACUGCCUCCUCCGGGCUUCCUGAAAGUCCCCAUCUGGUGGUACCAGCCUCGGGGAUUCGCCAGCCAUGGAGAGACUCAGCGGGAUGCAGUGAACAGUGCCCCUUCUCAGGGUGGGGACUGGAGAGCGACCUCCCCCCCAGGCCCUCCUGGUGACGUGCCCACAGACGUGGCCCUCGUCUUCCUGGGAGACCUCAAGGUCUCUGAAGACACCUCGUUGCUGGAGCUGAAGGCCCAGGCCAUGACCCUGCCCUCCAUGUGGAAGCACGCUGUCCCAUCCCCAGCCUUCCUCCGAGCCUGGACGGUGGAAAGCAGGCGUCCCGGCCGCCUUCUGCGCAGCAACCGGCAGCUGCUCAGGGAACAUAAACUGGGGAAGAGAACAGAGAUCUGCUUAGAGCCCCUUCAGAAAGAGGAAAACCUGAGCCCCCAGGACAUGCUGCUGAGGACCCGGAUGCACAUCCCUGGUGAGCGGGACUACGCCCCGUCGGUGGACCUGGUGUGGGACGCGGCCCGCGGCUGGAGCGCCGCCUCCCUGAGGCAGUGCGUGGCCCAGCUCUACGCCCUCCCCGCGGAGAAAACCAGAAUCGCCAAGCACUUGGCUGAGAAGUCCCAGUGGCUCCCGAUAUCCAGCUGGAACCAGCAACCGGCCAGGAGGAAAAAGAAGCAGCAGCAGGAGAGUUUGCAGGGGCCGCCUUACUUCUUAAAAGAUGGAGACACGAUUGGUGUCAAGAAUCUGCUGGUGGAAGACGACGACGACUUCAGCACAGUCAGUGGUGAGGCUGGGAGAGAAGAGCAGCGGCUCGCUCUGCAGAGGAAGCCAAGGCAUGGGGUCAGCAGGGGCAGACUCAGUGACAGCCCGUCUCCCACAGCCAGGAGGCCCCAAGCACACGGAGUGGUGGCUUGCGCUCUGGGGCCCGAGGACCAGAAGCUUCUCUGUCCAUCCACGUCGGGAGCUUCAGAUAGCACAGCGGGUGGCACCGGGCGCCUCUGCACCCAGGCUCUCCAGCUGGCUCUAUGAGAGCAGCCAUCUGCCAUCUGCCAUCUGCCUCAGACAGACAGACUCCAGCUUCUUCACAUGGUUUUGAGCCACGGGCAGAGGGGCUCUGGAGGUCCUCAAGGUGCCAAUCCCCACACUCGACCAGACGCAGUCCGCAGCGUCUCAUGGCUGGAGCGAGCCCACCGUCCAGAGCCUCCACGUUCCAGCCUCUCAGCAGCUGACAAGACUCGCCUGGUGCCUAGCAGCCCCCCCGGAGGGGCUGCUGACCAAACGGGCAGCGGCCCUUGGCUUCUGCCACACAUACCCCGUCCCCCUCUCUGCCCGAGUAGCAGCUGGAAUUUGAACGUGGCUGCUCUGCACUGUCCGCAACCAGAACAUCCUCCGGCCUGAUGCAGGCUGAGGUGACGUCCACGGUGCAGACAGGAGAAGCGGAGUCCAGUGGUGCCAGCAAAUCCAUGGGGGACUCCAGUCAAGGGACAAUAAACCGUUCAGGUUGUA